AUGGGCAAUUGUAAUUGUAAUUGUGAUUAGAAUAAUAGAUAGCAGUAAGAGUUAGAUAUUGUUUAAAUGCAAGGAGGACAAAACUUAACAAAAAAAAAAUCAGCAUUAAAAACUAAAACUAAGACAGUAGAAAAUGAAGAAGAAACAAAAGCUGAAAUGUAGGCAACUAAUUCACAUAAAAAUAUAAAAGAAAGUCCUGCUACAGAGGAUGAAUAGGAUUUAAAAGAAAAGUCAAAGACUAGCGAAAAAAGUUUUAAUAAAGAUGAUGGACAAGGCAGAAGUAGCAAUAAUGGGAGUAAAUAAAAUUUAAAAGAGAAAAAAACUACUGAGUAAGAAGGAAAUAUGGAGUCUUAAAAGAAUAUUUAAUAAAUGGAAAGCAAUAAAUCUCUUAAUGAAAUUAAUGGAGCAUAUAAAGAUUAAUAAAGUGAAAAUCAUAAGAAAUUGUCUUCAAUGAAAAAGCUAUUACUUGAAGACAAUUAGCCUGAAGAUAUGUAGUUACUUUAAGAAACUUUAAAUACAGAUAAGCGAGUAAAGCUAGAUAGAAUAAAAAUGAAAUAAGGAGCUUGGUAUGAAGGUGAAUGGAGAAAUGGCUUGCGUGAUGGAUAAGGAAAGCAUUAAUGGCCAGAUGGGAGUUACUAUGAAGGAGAGUGGAAAGAAGAUAAAGCAAACGGUAAUGGAAAGCUUGUGCAUAUAGAUGGCGAUAUUUAUGAAGGUGAAUGGUAAAAUGAUAUGGCAAAUGGCUAAGGAACAUACUACCAUAAAGAAGGAGCUAAAUAUGUAGGAAGCUGGAAAAAUGAUUUAUAAAAUGGAUAUGGAGUAGAAACUUGGCCAGAUGGUGCUCGCUAUGAGGGUAAUUAUUUAAAAGGUAAAAUAAAUGGAUAAGGAACUCUAUAUUUUGCAGAUGGUAGCAAGUAUGUUGGAGAAUUUAAAGAAAAUGAAAUAUCAGGAUAUGGAGAGUAUUAUUGGAAAGACGGAAAAAUAUAUAAAGGUUAAUGGAAAAAUAAUAAAAUGAAUGGACAAGGAGAAACAGUUUGGCCAGAUAAUAGAAGAUAUAAAGGUUAAUAUUUAGAUGAUAAAAAGCAUGGAUAUGGAUUAUUUGAGUGGGGAAAUAAUAAAAAGUAUGAGGGGCAAUGGCUUCACGGAAAAUAACAUGGAAAAGGUACAAUUACAAUCGAUGGAGAUUCAAAAGAAGGAAUUUGGGAUCAUGGGAAAAGAGCUGUUUGGAUAACAAAUGAAUGA